UUGAAGACAAGUCGAGCACUGUAGCGGACAUAGGAGAUUUUUUUCUGUGGUUAUGGAUUUGUGGCCCUGCAAUCAAACUCUGCCAUUGCUGGCUUCAGAAGUCAUACAAAGCAGUGGGUUUACGUUUGUAUCCGUCGUAAACACUGUGAUAGCUGCACAUUGCGCUCUAACAACUCCUCAGCAAUGGCCACCCGACCGAUCCGAGGAAGUAAUAGCAGAUCCAACAUUUGAUUUUAUUAUAGUUGGGGCUGGUUCGGCAGGUUCUGUUAUAGCCAGUAGACUAUCCGAAAAUCCCGACUGGAGAAUACUUUUAGUAGAAGCAGGCGAUGACCCCACUUUGGAUACCGAGCUGAUAAGUGCCUUCUUCAAUACAUUCCACUCGAAAAAUGAUUGGGAAUAUAGGACAGAACCAUCACAAAGUUACUGCCUUAGUUCCCAAAAUAAGCAAUGUUACUGGCCAAGAGGGAAAGUUUUGGGAGGAAGCAGCAGCAUAAAUGCCAUGUUUUAUGUCCGUGGGCACAGAGAAGACUUCAACGAAUGGGGAAACAUGGGGAAUGAUGGCUGGAGUUAUGAAGAUGUAUUGCCAUUGUUCAAAAAAAGUCAGGCGUUGCACGCUGACGAUAUAUCAGUUGAAGAAAAAGACAAAUUUCACAAUGAAGAUGGACUACUUAACAUAGCAAGACAUUCAGAAUCAGAUGCUUUUAGUGAUGUUAUUUUAAACGCAUAUAAUGAAAUGGGAGUACCGACUGUAUAUGAUCUGUGUGGAAAGGAUACCGUCGGGGCUUUGAAGACAUUAGCUACUGCGUAUAAAGGACGUCGUCAGAGUACAGCGCGGGCAUUCCUGACACCAGCCAAAGAAAGAAGUAAUUUGUACGUAAUGAAGAAAACGUUAGUCUCUAAAAUAAUUUUCAAUGCAGAUACUAAUAAAGCUUUAGGAAUUGAAAUUCAACAAGAAGGAGAAAGAUAUAAUAUUUAUACGCAAAAAGAAAUUAUAAUUUCGGGCGGUGCGAUUAAUACACCUCAUUUGUUAAUGUUAUCUGGCAUAGGUCCGAAAGAACAUUUAGAAGAAUUAGGUAUACCAGUAGUUCAAAACUUGCCAGUAGGAUUUCAUUUGCAGGACCAUUUAGUUGUCUCCAACUUCAUCACCCUCAAAACAGACAUGCUUCAAGUUGGCAAUGAUGAUUUCAGCAUUUCGAUGACUGAGUACUUAACCAAACAAACUGGUCUCUUCUCCAAUCUUGGGCCAACGGAAGUAAUUUCUUAUGUAAAUAUUUUUGAUUUAAAUGACACGCUGCCCAAUAUCCAAUUUCAUCACCUCGUACUUCCUCCUAAAUAUUAUGAGGUGUUAGAUAUAUUUAAAAUUCAUGAAUUCGAUGAGUCCACGUUAAAUAUAAUCAAUAAAUUAAACGAAGAUUAUCCCGUGCUUAUGUUUUGGUCUGUAUUGCUAAAGCCAAACUCAGUCGGAAUGCUAAAAUUACGAAGUGCUGAUCCUCAUGAUAAACCAUUAAUAUACCCAAAUUAUUUCGGCGACCCAUAUGACAUGCAAACCAUUGUGGCAAGCAUGAAAUUUGUAUCAGAGAUAGCAGAAACACCGACAUUGCAGGCAUUGAAUGCAUCCCUUGCCUACGUGCUUUUGCCCGGUUGCGAAGAUUUUGCCUUCAAGAGUACAGAAUACUUCGAAUGUCUCGCGCGGCACUUGACUACAACGUUGUACCAUCCCGUUGGAACAGUGAAAAUGGGCCCAUCGGAGGACGCCACAUCAGUCGUCAGUCCAGAGUUAAGAGUCCAUGGAAUUCAGAAUCUCAGAGUAGCGGAUGCAAGUAUAAUGCCGCGAAUCGUUAGAGCAAAUACAAACGCUGCUACAAUCAUGAUUGGCGAAAAAUGUUCCGAUAUGAUAAAGCAGUUUUGGAAUUUUAAGUAAAUUACUCAUAUCUUAGUACCUUGCUAAAUAUUAAAAUUUCAACGACACCAGUUACUACAUUCAGGAAGGGAUAAAAAAACUCUUUAGACAAAUUAGAGUUACGCGUUUAUUACCUACAUUGAUGUGGAUCCGCACGCUGUAAUAUGUAAGGGUGAUACUGAUAGCACUAUGCACGCGUAUAUCGGCUCGAUUCGGGAAAUGAAUGAGAGACUCACUAGAUAUGAAAAAUAGUAAAGAUAUGUGAAGUUCCACUGCGAAAGGUACUUUAUGGCGACUGGCGCCGCAAUUCGGGAAAUUAAUUAGAGAGAAGAGCCAACCGCUGUAAGGUACGUUUACCCGUGGGACGUCACAUAUCUUUACUAUAUCAUAUCUAGUUAAUUUUUUAUUCAUUUCCCGAAUCGCGCCGCCUGUAGAUAACCCGCACGCACACCGGGAGCGCCGAGCCGAUUCGUAUUUCAUGUAAAGCAGGAUUUUCAUUCUGUUUUAAUUUAACUUUUUACAACGAGGUAAUCAUGCUUGAAAAUACCCUCAUUUUGUUCUUAAAUCGCGUUCUACGAACAGUACGAACAGUGCCCUAUUUUUAUAUUUUCAAUUUAAUACACUUUAAAUUUCACAACAGAGUUCCAAUGUAUGUUUACUUUAUAUCUGUAUACUUUAUUGCCUUUCAUUGUUUUAAUACUACAAUCUAUGUAAUGUUACGCAAAGCAGAUACUUUCAAGCCGUAUCCCUUGCCGGCCAGGCCACCGAUAGCCCUGGCAAAUAAGUAAUUCGUCAGAUUAUAAAAUGUAUUUUUCUGGCCCUCACCGUUAAAUAAAAAAAAAAAUUAGGUAAGUAUAUUUCGCAAUUUUUUAACCGGAUGGCAUCAUUACUAACAAACUAAGUAAUAAAUGUUCUUACCUCUAAUACUUCCGUUACGUCAGAUUCAGUGCAUAUGAACUUGCCCAUGCUUGCUCUAUGUAUGCGUGAACACUGGGAACUAGGUAUCAGCCGUAGAUAAGCCCACAAUAAUAUGUCUGAAAAAGACUGUAAAAAAACUACUUUUUACAUGUGUCGCUUAACUUCAAACUCGGGUAAAUCCAUCGACCCUCUCAGCAAAUAUCUACUCUAUUACCUUUUCUUAAUACCAAAAUCGCAUAAUCGGACAGAUGGAUUUACCCGAGCUUGAAGUUAAGCGACUCACAUUUUGAAUAUGACCUCAUCUCUUACGGCAGAAUGUGACUCUUUGUUGUUACGAUAUACCAUGUUCACAAUUUAUUAUUGUCUACUGAAAUAAUUAUCAUUGUCUGUUAAAAGGUUGUGGGUUCAUUCAUUUAUUUAUUUCAAAAACAAUAUUACAUUGUUUUUGAUAUAACUUUAAUCUAGACAUAUAAAUUACAUUCUUAGCCAUCGAAAUGUAUUUGUUAGUCGCUAUUCCGUUCCACUGUGUAGACAUUAUCGAUAUAUAACAUGAUGAAAACGCAAUCAUCAUAUUUUAUGUUUGCGUGAAGCAUGAAAUCUCACCAAAAAGCUACGGCCUAAGUACCUAAUUAUGUAUUGAAAAAAAUUUGCGUAGCCCCCUUAGUAGCAGGGCUGUUGUAGAUACGGCAAUUGCCGCAAUGUUGCAGUGUAUAAAUAGUUUAGUUUCAAUGUUUUAGGUAUAGUUAUAGUUCUAGUUUUUAAUUAGUUUAGUUAAUUGAAGCAUAGCCGCCUCGUCGUCGAACGGCGUACGUCCGGUCACAACGGAAGAACAGCGCUGGCUUUGCCAGCUACAUGCUGGGUUGUGACCCUUUUAUGGCAUUUUGCUCUAAAUGUUAUACAUUGUAUAUUUGUCAACAUGUUUUUGGCAUAAAUAAACGUAUUGUCUUUC